AUGUUCAUGCUCGCUCGAGAACCGUCUGCAGGAGGAGGCAGUGGAGGAGGGAUGAGCACGCCAUCGCCGAUGAGUGCAAAACAGGUGCAGGCCUCCAUCAAGAAGAACCUGGAGAAGCAGAAGAAGCGAAGCACCGGGCUGGGAGGGGGUGUCGGAGAAGCUCCCGUCGCCACACCUCACCCUCCUCGGCCCCAGAAAUCAUCCGCUCCGUUCCUCCGGAUGUCGGCGGCCGCUGCCGAGGACAGCGAGAGCCUGGAGGAGAAGGAGAAGGAGGAGGAGGAGGAGGAGGAGGAGCUGCAGGCUUGGAUGGAGGCGCCGCCGCGAGGGGCGGAGGGGGAGACUGAGGAGGAGGAGGUGGGGGGGGAGUUUGUCGAUCUGCUGCCCAUCGUGGACUCUGUGUUCGGACAGGACAGAGAGCUGAGACCAGAGGAGCUCGACGAGCUCCGUGAGGCAUUUGUGGAGUUUGACAGGAACAAAAAAGGCUACAUCAGUCACAGAGACCUAGGGGAGUGCAUGAGGACCAUGGGGUACAUGCCGACAGAGAUGGAGCUCAUCGAGCUGAGCCAGCAGAUCUGUGGAGGCAAACUGGACUUUGAGGACUUUGUGGAGCUGAUGGGACCCAAGAUGCUGGCAGAGACCGCCGACAUGAUUGGAGUCAAAGAACUACGAGAUGCUUUUAAAGAGUUUGACUCUAACGGCGACGGUCAGAUCAGUUUGACUGAGCUCCGUGAAGCCAUGAAGCAGCUGAUGGGAGAACAAGUGACCAACAGAGAGAUCAACGAGAUCCUCCGAGACGUCGACCUCAACGGAGACGGUCUGGUGGACUUCGAAGAGUUUGUGCGAAUGAUGUCCCGCUGACCUGCCCAGCAAUUCAAGUAGAGAUGGACCAACAAAAAAUUAUGCAAAUACGGGAUAAGAGGCAGCACUAAUAAAAAUUGAUAUUUUUGUAUCAAAAUAACUAACAUGAAUAUAUACAUCUGAACUCCAUGUGCAAUGAAAUGAUAAAGCUUUUCAACAGCAGUAAAACAUAUCAAACGCUUCAUAGAAAAUAUUUAUGACUGUUUCUAGAUGUAUUUUUCCAUACUGAAAUCUUGAUUGCACAACUGUUACAUUUUUUUUUAUUAAAAAGAAAUAUAGACACACUGGACAAAUUGUUGAAUCUCGGCUGGGAAAAAGUACAGCUGAAAAGAACGUGCAACCGUAAAACACGCAAAAAUGUUAUUUUCCUAAUAGACAAAAGGGUUCAUCAAUGAUGUAAUGAUGAACCCAGAAUCCAGAAUUAAAAUGUACCAGCAAGUGUUGCAAGUUGGAGCUUCUAAAAAGUACAGGACUUGACUUCAGCCUUGCUGUCAUGGUGCACUCCUCAGACCUUUGAGGAGAGUCAUGCGGUCUCUGCAGGGAUACACAACAAACAACACAACAAACACGUCUCACACAGCUCACUGAACAUAAAGCUCGCUCCUCAAAAGUCACCAUUGUCACACACACAAUCACACA